AUGUUUGAUAAGAUAUUUUGGGCUUUCCCUUCCUGUGUGGAGGCUUUCAAGCAUUGCAAGCCGUUCAUUUCUGUCGAUGGCACGUAUCUGUAUGACAAAUAUGCUGGUGAGUUGCUUAUUGUAGUGGCACAAGAUGGAAACAGCAAUAUCCUUCUUGUAGCCUUUGCAAUUGUUGAUUCUGAGACCACGGAGUCCUGUUCAAGCAAGGCUAGGUACAAGUGGUACAUGAAUGCAUUGACGGGUUUGUCGCGGGAGAUGGCAGAGUUGGCUAGUAGGUUCAACAAAAAGAUCUGGUUACAACACUGCGACCAGUCGCCAGUUCAAACAGAUGACAACGAACCUCUCCGAGUGCAUGAAUGUUAUGCUUAA